AUGCGCAAAAAACGAAGACCAGCCAAACCAACUCGAUUUAUUGCAAAAACACUAAUAUAUGCCGAUCAUGACGACAGUGAUGAUGAUGCUGAUGAUAAUAACAUUUUCAUUUCUAACCAAUUCCUCAACGAUGAUGUGAUUUAUGAAAUUUUAUCAUUCGACAAUGAUUUUAAAUUUAUUGUAAUGAAUUGUGCACUGGUUUCAAAACAGUGGUUUCGAGUCAUUUUGGAGAGAUUGAAACAACUUGCAGUUCGAAUUGAUAUUGGGAAAAUGUCAAGGGUGCAAGGUCAAUUUUUGGAAAAUAUUGCAAGUGUGAAAGCACUUAAUGCGAUUAAUCAUUUAAUACAGUAUCGUGAUGCCUUUAAGUUGAUGAAAGGAUUGACUACAUUUGAUAUUUCUUACACUUAUGUUCAUGAUCGAGAGGCCAAAAUUAUUAGUGAAAUGACACAAUUGACUUCUCUUAAUGUUAGUAAUAGUAUUAGGAUUAAGAAAAGUAUUGCAUAUUUUAGAGAAAUGAAUAAUUUGACUUGUUUGAACAUUGGCAAUAAUGGUAUUGGAGUUGAAUGUGCCAAACACGUUAGUGAAAUGAAACAAUUGACCAUUCUUCAUAUUUGUGGAAAUGGUAUUAAGUUUGAAGGGGCUAAAUUUAUUAGUGAACUGCAACAGUUGACCAAACUUGAUGUUAGUAGCAAUAAUAUUGGAGAGCAAGGGGCUAAAUAUAUUAGUCAAUUAAAACAAUUGACUAACCUUGAUAUUUAUUCAAAUCGAAUAGGUGCGCAAGGGGCCAAACAUAUUAGCGAAAUGAAACAGUUGACAAGACUUAACAUUUCUUACAAUGAUAUCAAUGUUGAAGGUGCCAAAUAUAUUAGUGAAAUGAAACAAUUGAUUAAUCUUAAUAUUACCAAAAAUAAUAUUGGUGAUGAAGGUGCUAGACACAUUAGUGGAAUGAAUCAAUUGACUAAUCUUUUUAUUGGGAACAAUAAUAUUAGCAAUGCUGGAUUUCAAAACAUUUGUGUGUUCUUGGUUGAUACAUUCGUAUUUCUAAGCGAAUAA